AUGAAAAUAACAUAUUGUACGGAUGUCGACAGAUCAGUUGUAUUAAGUAAUUUUGAGAAACGAGGCUGGUUACACGUUGGCCCUGAUGAUGAUUGGAAUUUUUAUUGGGCUGGUAUACAAACAUGUCGUAGUUUAUUUAGUAUUGAUAGCGGCUAUAGAAUGCAUGACAACCAAAUGAUCAAUCAUUUUCCCAAUCAUUAUGAACUCAGUCGUAAAGAUAUGUUGGUUAAAAAUAUUAAACGUUACAGACGUGAACUCGAAAGAGAGGGAAGUCCAUUAGCUAAGCGUUUAGAUGGAAAAUAUCUGUAUUUAGAUUUUAUUCCAGUUACAUUUGUGUUGCCAGCAGACUAUAAUUUGUUUGUAGAAGAAUACCGCAAGGUUGGCCCAAGUACAUGGAUUAUGAAACCAGUUGGAAAAUCUCAAGGAACUGGAAUAUUCCUCAUUAAUAAAUUAUCAAAAUUGAAGAAAUGGUCUAGAGAAGGCAAAAAUAAUAAUUUCAAUACAUCUACCAUAAAGGAAUCAUAUGUUAUAUCUAAGUAUAUUGAUAAUCCAUUACUCAUUGAUGGUAAAAAGUUUGAUCUUCGUUUAUAUGUUUUGGUCACAUCUUUUCGUCCAUUAAAAGCAUACUUGUUUAAGUCAGGCUUUUGUCGGUUCUGUACAGUCAAAUAUAACACUAGUGUUGCAGAUAUAGAAAACUUAUUGGUCCAUUUGACUAAUGUCUCCUUACAAAAACAAGGUGAUGAAUACAACAGUAUACAUGGCGGUAAAUUAAGCAUUCAAAAUUUAAGACUAUUUUUGGAAAGCACAAGAGGAAAAACAGUAACUGAAGCACUUUUUAAUAAUAUUGUUUGGUUGAUUGUUCAUUCUUUAAAAUCUGUGAGUUACAUAAUGGCUAAUGAUAGACAUUGUUUUGAAUGUUAUGGAUAUGAUAUAAUAAUUGAUGAUAAUUUAAAACCCUGGCUAAUUGAAGUAAAUGCAUCUCCUUCAUUAACAUCUACUACAACUAAUGAUCGUAUUUUGAAGUAUAAAUUGAUUGACAAUAUGUUAAGUGUAGUUUUACCACCCAGUGGAAUACCUGAUGUACGUUGGAAUAAAUGUCCAUCUCGAGAGGCUAUGGGAAAUUUUGAGCUAUUAAUUGAUGAAGAGUUAGCGGCAAAAGAUAAACCUGGACCAUCAACUAAAGUUGAUCUAAAGGAUAGAUUAAAGCGAAAGACCUAA